CGGUAAGUUUUAAAAAAAUCGUGGUGGAUGACCAGCGAGCCGUAGCCGGACAGUGACAAAACCAGAGCAGGCAGCGACUCCUGUCCAACCAUGCGGUCUGUCACCAACUCGACCAUGGUGACAUACUUUGUUUGUUCUCUUCAUUGGCACCUCCUGCUCUAUCAGUCUAAUCAUCAGCAGCUAACACCCGGCUGACAGAGGUGCACAGCUGGAAUACUCUGCAGUAUCAGCACAUCAGUGCUGAGGAGAAGACUGCUGCUAUCGAGGCACGUAGGUAUGUGCCUGAGAACAACCUGGCCCUAGGUCUGGAGCGAUGGGGCGACAAGCUCUUCAUCUCCGUCCCUAGGUUCAAACCCGGCGUAUACUCCACCCUCAACUACAUCCAGCUGGACUCCAAGAACAGCAACAGCACUAAGUCUCCGGAACUAAUUCCUUAUCCAAACCUCGAGAUGAACACCCUAGGAGAGAACCGAGGAUGGCCACCCAAGCUUGUCUCCGUGUGUCGUAUCCGCGCCGAUACUUGUGACCGUCUCUGGGCCAUUGACUCCGGCACUAUCGACCUCGCCACGCAGCCUAAGCAGAUCUCGCCUCCCAAGAUCAUGGUGUUCGACCUUAAGAGCGACCAGCUCCUGUUCUCCUACCCUCUCAAGGACAAGACCGAUUAUAACGAGAAGUCUCUUUUCCCCACCAUCACAGUGGAUGUGACUUCCGCCAACUGCGACCACGCCUUCGCUUACCUUCCCGACGUCUACAACUACAACCUGGUCGUGUACAGCAUGCAGACCAACGAUACGCACACUGUCACCCAUAACUAUUUCCACUUCGAUCCCUUAGCCGGGGACUUCUCUAACAGCGGGUUCCACUGGCAAUGGCAGGAUGGAGUCUUCGGACUAGCACUCUCACCCGUGGACCGAGAGGGGUUCCGGAUCGUGUACUUCCACGCUCUGGCCUCAACGAUGGAGUUCGCCAUUUCGUCCAAGUACCUUCAGAACUCGACGCUGGUGCGGGACAACGCUCGGGCGUUCAAGGUGUUGGGUAACCGAGGAGUCAACGGUCAGUCUUCCGCCUCCUUCUUGGACGAGGAGACCGGUGUGCUCUUUUACACCUUGAUCAAUCGCAACGCAGUCGGCUGCUGGAACACAUUCAAGGGCGAAGAGUACGAGACGAAGAAUCUGGGAGUGGUUGCGGAGGACGAAGAGACCAUGACGUUUCCGAAUGACUUAAAGGUCGACAAGAAGGGGACACUGUGGGUCCUCAGCACCCCGCUGCCAGAAUUCUUCUUCAGUAACCUCAAUUCCAAGAACACCAACUUCCGGAUCUUCACAGCGCCCGUCCGUCAAGCCAUCAAGGGCACCGUGUGUGAUGAGAUAUAAAACUCAUCUUUCAAUUUAUGUACAAAUACUGUCAGGUGAUUAAAGUCUUGCAAAUGCUCAUCUAGUUUCCUUCCCACAAGCAGAUGAUUUGAUUGAUUUGUUA